AUGUCGAACGUUCACUUUCCCUACUCCAAGGCGCCUCUGCGCACCAUCAAGGAGAUUCAGUUCGGUCUUUUCUCUCCAGAAGAGGUCAAGCGCAUGAGUGUGGUUCACAUCGAAUACCCAGAGACUGUGGACGAGACACGACAACGGCCGAGAACCAAGGGUGUGAACGACUCGCGUCUAGGAACAAUCGAUCGUCAGUUCAACUGUGAGACUUGUGAGGAGGGACCAAAGGAAUGUCCCGGUCACUUUGGUCACAUUGAAUUGGCAUCUCCAGUCUUCCACAUUGGUUUCGUGACAAAGAUUAAGAAGCUCUUGGAAACAGUUUGCCACAAUUGUGGGAAAAUCAAAGUUGGAGCGGAUAACGCCAAGUUCUUGGAAGCUAUCCGCAUACGAGACCCAAAGCGACGUUUCGACGCUAUUUGGAGAGCUUCGAAGGAUAUCAAUAUUUGCGAGACCGACCCUUCCCCUGAUGAGGAAGAGGAAGCUUUGAAGGAUGGCAAGAAGCGCUACUUCCACGGUGGAUGUGGCAACGCCCAGCCUACGGUGCGAAAGGAGGGCAUCACUCUUGUUGGUACUUGGAAGCCAAGCAAGAGUAUGAUGGAGGACGACGUGACUGCACAACCAGAAAAGAAAGUCAUCACCCCCGCCAUGGCUCUGAACAUCUUCCGAAACAUCUCACAUGAAGAUGUUCGGAUCAUGGGACUGAGCAAUGAUUAUGCUCGCCCUGAAUGGAUGAUUAUUACGGUACUCCCUGUGCCGCCUCCCACUGUUCGGCCAAGUGUUGUGAUGGGGGCAUCCGCUGGCUCACGUGGUGAGGACGACUUGACGUACAAAUUGGCAGAAAUUGUUCGAGCCAACCAGAGCGUCCAGCGCUGCGAGCAAGAAGGCGCGCCAGAGCACGUUACUCGUGAGUUCGAGUCCUUGCUGCAGUACCACAUUGCUACGUACAUGGACAAUGAUAUUGCUGGACAGCCAAAGGCUAUGCAGAAAGGCAACCGUCCAGUCAAGGCUCUGCGUAGCCGUUUGAAGGGGAAGGAGGGUCGGUUGCGCCAGAAUCUGAUGGGCAAGCGUGUCGACUUCUCGGCACGUACUGUCAUCACUGGUGAUCCCAACUUGUCCCUUGAUGAAGUUGGUGUGCCGUACUCGACAGCGAAGAUCUUGACUUAUCCCGAGGUUGUGACACCCUACAAUAUUGAGAAGCUGCAAAGAUUGGUACAAAAUGGACCAUCGGUACACCCUGGCGCUCGAUACAUUGUUCGUGAUACUGGUGAGCGCAUCGAUCUUCGUCUUGCCAAACGAACUGGAAAUCAGCAACUUCUGUACGGCUGGAAAGUUGAACGACAUCUUGACAACGGAGAUGUCAUUCUGUUCAACCGACAGCCUUCUUUGCACAAGGAAAGUAUGAUGGGUCAUCGUGUUCGCGUCAUGCCUUACUCAACUUUCCGGCUGAACUUGUCAGUCACAACACCAUACAACGCUGAUUUCGACGGUGACGAGAUGAACUUGCACGUUCCUCAGAGUGAAGAAUCCCGCGCCGAGUUGGCAGAGCUUGCCCUAGUUCCGAAGAACAUUGUUUCUCCUCAACGUAACGGACCCCUCAUGGGAAUUGUCCAGGACACCCUGUGCGGUAUCUACAAGAUUUGCCGUCGUGAUGUCUUCCUCACCAAGGAGCAAGUUAUGAACAUUAUGCUGUGGGUUCCAAACUGGGACGGAGUUAUUCCGCCUCCAGCUAUUUUCAAGCCGAGACCUCGUUGGACAGGCAAGCAGAUCAUCAGCAUGGCGUUUCCCUCCGGGCUCAAUCUCGUCCGUGUUGACAAGGACAGCGCACCGGCAUCGGAAAAAUUCAGUCCUCUCAACGACGGUGGCAUUCUAAUUCAAAAUGGUCAACUGAUGUAUGGAAUGCUGUCAAAGAAGACAGUUGGUGCGAGUGGUGGUGGUGUUAUUCACAUCAUCUUCAACGAGUACGGCGAACAAGCUUGUGUUCUCUUCUUCAAUGGAGCCCAAACCAUCGUCAAUUAUUGGCUACUGCACAAUGGUUUCAGUAUCGGCAUCGGUGAUACGAUUCCCGACCGCAAGACCAUUGAGAAGAUUGAGGAGGCUGUCAGAGAGCGGAAGCAAGAGGUUCAAGAAAUUACUGCCAGUGCAACCAACAAUACUUUGGAAGCGCUCCCUGGUAUGAAUGUCCGUGAGACCUUCGAAAGUAAAGUCUCGCGUGCCCUCAACAACGCUCGUGACGAGGCUGGUUCUGCCACAGAGCGAGGUCUGAAGGAUUUGAACAACGCUAUCCAGAUGGCUCGUUCGGGCUCCAAGGGUUCGACUAUCAAUAUUUCUCAAAUGACUGCAGUCGUGGGUCAGCAAUCCGUCGAGGGCAAGCGUAUUCCCUUCGGUUUCGCCUACCGUACCUUGCCUCACUUCACCAAGGAUGACUACUCUCCUGAGUCUCGUGGCUUUGUUGAGAACUCUUACCUGCGUGGUCUUACUGCGACUGAAUUCUUCUUUCAUGCCAUGGCCGGUCGUGAAGGUUUGAUUGAUACCGCAGUCAAGACUGCUGAAACUGGUUACAUCCAGCGAAAGCUUGUCAAGGCAUUGGAAGAGGUUAUGGUCAAGUAUGAUGGCACUGUCCGUAACUCCUUGGGCGACAUUAUCCAGUUUAUCUAUGGAGAGGAUGGUCUUGAUGGAGUUCAUAUUGAAAAUCAGCCUGUCGAUAUUAUUCGCUGCUCCGAUGAAAAGAUGCGCCAGCGCUUCCGUGUCGAUGUCAUGGAUCCCGAGAUGUCCCUUGGCCCUGAGGUAUUGGAGCAAGCGAACGAGAUCGCCGGUGACGUUGAAGUGCAGCGUUACUUCGACGAGGAAUGGGAGGCUUUGCUCGAAUCUCGUGCUUUCUUGCGUACUGUGGCCAAGGAAGACGAAGAGAUGAUGCAGCUCCCAAUCAAUGUUCGGAGAAUUCUGGAGAUGGCUCGGUCAACAUUCCGCAUUCGCGAAGGCACCAUUAGCGACCUGCACCCUGCCGAGGUGAUACCCGAGGUCCAGGCUCUGCUUGAUCGACUAAUUGUUGUGCGUGGUGACGAUCCAAUCUCGAAAGAAGCUGACUACAAUUCAACUUUGCUGUUCAAAGCACAGCUUCGAUCUCGCCUCGCCUUUAAAAGGUUGGUGACAGAGUACUCACUGAACAAGCUCGCAUUCCAACACGUCAUUGGCGCCAUUGAGAACCGUUUCGCCAGAGCCGCGGCCAAUCCUGGAGAGAUGGUCGGUGUGUUGGCGGCUCAGAGUAUUGGAGAGCCUGCAACACAAAUGACCUUGAACACAUUCCACUUCGCCGGUGUCUCAUCUAAGAACGUCACUUUGGGUGUGCCUCGUUUGAAGGAGAUUCUGAACGUGGCUACCAAUAUCAAGACGCCUUCGAUGACCGUUUAUCAGGAGGGUGACAGCACGUACUCUAAAGAGGGCGCUAAGCAGCUGCGAAGUCUUGUUGAGCAUACGAGCUUGCGGUCUGUCACUGAGUCAACUGAAAUCUAUUACGAUCCGGAUAUUCAGACCACCGUCAUCGAGAAUGACCGAGAUAUGGUCGAAUCCUUCUUCAUCAUCGAGGAUGUGGAGGCUAGUGCGGCCAACCAGUCUAAGUGGUUGCUUCGUAUCAUCCUCAGCAGAGCCAAGUUGCUUGACAAAGGUCUUACUGUUCGUGACGUUGCGAUGCGAAUUAGAAAAGCCUACAAAGAUGACAUCCAUAUCAUCUUCAGUGACAACAACGCUGACGAGCAGGUCAUCCGUAUCCGUCAAGUUCAACAUCACAAAGAUGAAGAGGAUGAUGAAGAUGUGGAAUAUGACGUGACCUUGAAGAAGCUGGAACAGCAUCUUCUUGAUACUCUUACGCUACGUGGUGUACCGGGCGUCGACCGUGCAUUCAUCAACGAGAGGGGUAAGGUUCGGGUCACCGAGGACGGUGCUCUUCUGAUGAGCAAGACGGAUCCUCUUUGCAAGGACUGGGUGCUUGAGACCAGCGGCUCUUCCCUUGCCCCUGUUCUCGCCAUUCCUGGCGUUGAUGCCACCCGCACAUACUCUAACCAGUUCAUCGAGAUUUUCGAAGUAUUUGGUAUCGAGGCUGCCAGAACCGCUGUGUUGCGCGAACUGACCCAGGUUCUGGCUUUCGAUGGAUCUUACGUUAACCACCGUCACUUGGCUCUUUUGGUAGACGUUAUGACUGUCCGCGGCUACUUGACUCCUGUCACGCGUCACGGUAUCAAUCGCGCAGAUAACGGUGCUUUGAUGCGUUGCUCGUUUGAAGAGACUGUCGAAAUUCUUCUCGAAGCAGCUGCCUUUGGUGAGCUUGACGACUGUCGCGGCGUUUCCGAGAACCUGAUUCUUGGACAAAUGGCGCCGGCUGGCACGGGAGAGUUUGAUGUGUAUCUGGACCAAAACUUGCUCAACACUGUUGUUUCCAACAAUGCGCGCUUCGCUCUCAUGGGUGGCGUGGGAGCAAAGGAUGCUAUCAUUUCCGAUGGUGCAGCCACUCAGUACGAUACCGGGUCGCCAAUGGCCAGCUCACCCGUCGGCCUCGAGUUCGACCCUGCCUCGACAUUCUCGCCAAUUAACCAGAGUAGCGCUGAUUCUCGUGGUGGCUUCUCCAGCUACCAGCCUGCCGACGUUUAUGGUGGUGGUCUCAGUCCUGCCGCGCGAAGCCCUGGCUUCGCUCCAACCAGCCCCUUCAAUACCAGCAUGGCCUCUCCUAGCUGGUCGCCAGCCUCCACAGCGUACUCUGCCACGUCUCCUGGUAUUAGCAGUCCAGGAUUCACAUCUCCUCGCAUGUCGCCAACGUCGCCAUCGAGCCCUCAAUACGUGAUCACGUCUCCAGCGUACUCGCCAUCGUCUCCGGCAGGAGCCUCUCCUUCUUACUCGCCAACUUCGCCGACGUACAGCCCAACCUCGCCAAAUUUCAGCCCGGCUUCACCGGCGUUUAGUUUGACUUCCCCCGAAUACAGUCCAACUAGCCCUGCUCUCGGUGGUGGUCGUCAUUUGUCACCUACCUCGCCUGCUUCGCCAACGUCUCCCAAGUGGAGUCCCACUUCUCCCUCUUGGUCACCUGCGCAGCAAGAGGCGUACUCCCCCACUUCUCCCAAGUUUUCUGGCUCCCCGACGUCUCCUGCGGCUGCAUACAGUCCUAGCUCGCCUGAAUUCCACAGUCCGACGUCUCCGCGCCAAAAAUAA